AGUGUAUCCAGUGUCGAAAGCAAAACGUAGAGAAAGAAAAGAUCCACAUGAAAUGGAACGAUUGGAUGACAAUGGCUCAUUCAAUGGAGAAAAAACUUCUUCUUUUGAUGGAAUGAACGAAAAAGUAAUGCCCAAUUCAUCCCAGAAUCGGUUGAAAUCCAGUAAUUACAAUCUGGAAAAUGACAUCUUCAAUACCGUAGGUAUUUGGAACAAUGACGCUCCCAAAGGAACGCAGGAAUCAUUACAAGAAGGAAAUGAUCUAAUACCAGCGAAUCAAGGCUUGGGUUUGGAGUUAGAUCUCGGAAACAUUAUGUUGGAAACACACAACCUGGAUUCUGCAAAUUGGAAUUCUGGAAAAUAUGAUCAGGAAGGUGUUGGUAUUAAUGAUAAUAACUAUGAUUGGCAAUAUUUUGUUUUUGAUGAAAGAGAAAUAGGCUCUAUGCUUCAAUUAUUUGUGCAAGAGUUUCGGCCUGAGAGACCGUCUUUGCGAUUAGCUCCGGCGAAACUGUUUUAUCUGGCUUCAAGAUUUGCUUACUCGUAUAUGCCGAAAAGUAAGAACAUAGGACAUGAUCUUUUGGCAGGCUUUCUCGAUUCGGUUCAUCAAGUCAUACAAGCGAAUUGCCAGGAUAUGGUUUUGUGUGUCAUGUGGCUAGCAAACGUUUGUCUGCUUUCAUUCUAUCUUCAGAGGGAUGCGAGAUUGGAAGAACUAACUGGAGAAAUACAACGUGAAUGCUGCCAACUAGUAUCCGAAAUUUAUCUAUUGGUGUGCAAAGAUGCCAUUCGCCGUAUGGAGGAAAAUCUAGAAGAAGGCAUGCUCAAGUAUACAGGAAUACAGGGUUUGGACUCUAUUCUUCAUUCAAGAAGCUGGAAUUUCUUAAGGCGUCGUCAUGUCACGGAUAAUCCUUCGUCUCCUCGCAGCACCCCUUCAGCUUCACCACGUAAUAUUACUAAAGUCAUUGCUUCCACCCUUCAUCUAUUAGAAGUAUUUUAUGUUCAUCCUCUCUUACGUAUUCAGUGUAUAGAACGACUGUAUCGUUGGCUAGCUGCGCGUCUCUUCAACAUUGUCCUUUCCACUAAAAAAUACCACUCCCGAGCUGCCGCUAUGGAAAUUCGCUUCAAUAUUUCCAGUUUGGAAGAAUGGUCUCAGACAAACUCUGCAAGGCUCAAAAAGCCUAUUGACUAUCCUGGAGAAGACUUCCAAGUCUCCCUUACUCCUCAUCUUACGCCGUUAACCCAACUGCUGCAGUGGCUUCAGUGUCUUUAUAGAUUAAGUGAAGAGGACGAGCCAGAAGCCUUACAAGAGACUCUUGGAUCUUUAGAUGCCUUAAAUCCACGCCAAUUUCUUGUUGUUGCAAAAUCUUAUCGACCAGAUAGUUCUGAGACGAAAGUAUCACGGUCAUUUUUAAAGCGCCUUGAGGUCUACCAUAGAGAAGAAUUACGAAAAACCUUAGAAGCUGCUCAAGACGAUGGGGUUGUAAAUGAAUUUGAGUUAACGAAAGAUGAGGACCAAUUGCAAUCUUUGACUUUGCCCACGAAAGCUCAACUAGCAAAUGCAUAUUCAACCGUUGCUUCUGCAAAUGCAUUCAACAACGAUCGUAAAGUCCUCUUUCAACCGCAUGUCUCCAACGACAUCAUUGAUCGACUAGAAGAAAAUGGUAUUUCUAUGGAUCGGGCCGAGCUUCCAACUAGCGUUUUUGAAGACGAAUUAUCAAAACGAGAAUGGCGACCAGAUCAGGAAGUAGAAGAGUUGAUGGGUGCGUAGGAGAACCUUUGAUGACUUAAUGAAUAUGCUUGUAUGGUUUUUUAAAUGUUGUAUUUUUUUCUUUACCUUCGUUUUGAUCUUCUGGUUUCUUGUUUGUUUAAUGCGUGUACACCCUUAUUAAUUCCUAAUGCAAUACAGUUCUCAUUCAGAGACAUUCAUUUUUAUCAGUUUGCUAGAUUUCGUCUAACAAGGAUUGUGUUUCAUAUAUCUCCUAAUUUCACCGCAUUAAUAAAUUUAUUUUCUAUUUAUCUUUAUAACUACUCAGCAGAAUGUAUUUCUUUCUUGAAGUAGUUUGACC